UAGCUGAGCUGAGUUGUCAUUUGUCAAAGUCAAAAUUAAUUUUUAACAAUGUUUUUUUUGUGAUUUAUAUAGAUAUUUUGCAAAUAGUUUAAUCAAAUCUUACGUAGUAUAAUAAUUAAAUUCACUAAUGUUUUAUAAAAAAUAUGAGUAACAAAGAUACCGUGAGCAACACUAUCAGUAGAUAACAGUGUGACGUACGCGGAGUAAUAUGAAAUACAUACAUGGAAUACUGCAUAAGCACAAAACAAUCAUAAUAUAGAAGAGUUAGACCGGCGGCAGCUGAUUUCAUGAGAUAUCAAUUAUAUCAUUAAGAUGCCUUGUACCAAGUGUAGAUCUGACUUCAAUUUACUUAAUUGGAAAAUAAAGUGUGGGGAAUGUGAGGAUAAGUACUGUAAUAAAUGCUUGAAACGAAGAGAAGGAGUUUUGUAUUGCGAGAAAUGUUUGAUUUUGUUAAAGCGUCCUCCAGAUCGGUUUCAAUUAAUGGAACUCAAAUCAAAAGAUUUGCAAGACUAUCUUAAUAAACGUAAUAUUUCUACUUACGGAUUAAUAGAAAAACACGAGCUUGUUGACUUAUUUUAUAACAGACAUAUUCCAGUGAAACCAAAAAGAGGCGUCGAAAAACUGACGGCCAACUUUGCAGGAUCCGUUCCAAAUUUAAAACCUCUCAACGAUUUUUUUGGUAAUUUGGAUUCGGUAAUAAGCAAUGGAACUAGACCGACUAGAUCGGAAAGGCCCGAUCCGAGACCUUCGCCUUCCGUUAAUCCACAUAGCUAUGUACCGCCGCAGGAACAGCCGACUGGUUUCACGCAACCGGCACAAAGUGCCUGUGAUGAUUCACAACCGCAAGCCACUACCUCUACAGGCUCCUCUGAAUCUCCGGAAAAUACUCAGACACAGAAGGAAGGAGAAAGUACUUCGGAAAGUCCCGUCCCGCCCAGGUAUCCCAAAAUAGAUGACUUUGGCAGUAUCGAAGAGUUGCAAGGUCUAUCUGCGAAGGAUUUGAAAAUAUUAUUGACCCUCAAUAGGAUCGACUACAAGGGAUGCGUGGAAAAACAGGAACUUUUAGAUAGGGCGAAAAGAUUGUGGGAGGAUAGUAAUGAACAAAAGAAAGAGCCAACAGAAAACUUGCCCAUACAAGACUUGUGCAAGUUGUGCAUGGACGCACCACUAGACUGUGUUUUAUUGCAAUGCGGGCACAUGGCAACAUGCAUAGAAUGCGGGAAAAAAUUGGCAGAAUGCCCCAUCUGUCGACAAUAUAUAGCUCGUGUAGUUAGAACAUUUAAAGCUUAGUGAUUACCCCAAGUAUUUUCCUUUAUUAUUAUAUAUUUAUACUUAUAUUUAAGAAAUGUACUUUUUUAUACGCAUUAUUAUCAAAGAAGAAUAUUCAGUUAUUAAAAUUAAAUUAAUUAAAUUGAAAGAUUAUGACUGUUAUACAAAGAUUUACUAUCUCUAAAGAGUUGUAAGUGUGUUAAAAAUCUAUUUGUCAAGUACAAAAAUUCUCUGCUUACUUUGCUGUGACAACAGUUUAAAAUAAUAAAAGAGUUGUGUUAAUUGUU